GAUGUUGGCGAUAUCUAACGUUUAAUGUACUGCAUUGUCAUCGACAUAAAUUAAUUUAUUUAUAUCAGUUGUGCUCUAUAUUUGAGGAAAAUUUUUUCCAAACAAUUAUCUUUAAAAACAAUUAACAGGUUUUCAUUGAAAUUCAACUUUAAAUAAGUGACUUGUGGUGUUAAAAGUGAAUAGUUUUAUAAUGGCAUCGAACAGUACAGAUAAACUUGAUUCUCAACUGUCAGCUCAAGAAAACAAUAUGACAGUUAAUGAAAACAGUACUAUAGCACCAGUAAUUAUAGAAGAACUGGAUGAAAAUGCUUUAAAUAAUAUGAAUAUGGAUAUAACAGAGUUCAUUGAAACAAGAGCUCUAAAGAUACAAGAUAUACCACAAAAUGUUAUGUCAGAUGUUUAUUGUGAGCAAAGUGAUUCUGCCAUGGAUGUUGCAACGGAUUUAGAAGAUCAAGAUAUGCUAUUAACAGCGGAUGAAGAAGAGCAAUUGACAAAACAGUUCCUAAAUGGAGAAUUAACAUUCUCUGAAUAUUCUUCAAGAAUGGAUCAAAAUGUAGACCUAGAAACUACAGAAGUUGAUUCCCAUAGAAGUAAUUAUGAAAAUGAAGAAGUAGGCACAAGUAAAACCAUUCCUCAUAAAACAUCAAAGUCACAAAGUGGAGCACCAGUACGUUAUAAACGAAAAAAGAGAACAUUGCCUCCAGUUCUGCAGGGUCUUAUGGGUGAAGCAAAUUUAAGAUUUGCAAGGGGAGAUACAGAAUUAGCUGCUCAGAUAUGUAUGGAAAUCAUUAGGCAAGUGCCAAGUGCUCCAGAACCAUUUCAUACACUGGCAAUGAUAUAUGAAACAGAUCAACCAGAGAAAUCAUUACAGUGUGCUUUAAUAGCAGCACAUCUUAGUCCAAAGGAUGCUGAUCAGUGGGUAAGAUUAGCUAAUAUGUCAUUGGAAAGUGGAGACAUAAAGCAAGCUAUAACAUGCUAUAACAAAGCAAUCCAAGCAAAUCCAAAGGAUAUAAGUUUAUAUGAAACACGAGCCGAACUUCUAGAGAAAAAUGGAGAUAAGAAAGCUUAUUUAAAAGGAUUUUCAAAACUAGUUCAUCAGUUGGAACCAGAGGAUGGUGAACAUAUAAUUAAAUAUGCUAAAAUGUUAGCUAAACGACACAUGGAAGAAAACAACAAUGAGCAAGCAUUGGAAGCAAUGGAAAAUAUUUUUUUAAAGUGCCCUUCUUUUAUUACUUUGGAAGAAGUUAACAUUAUGACUGAGAUAUUAAUAGCUCUAAAAAAGUUUAAAAGAUGUUUAAACAUUUUGACCACAUAUACAAGUAUUUGGGUAAAAAGGAAAUCUGGAAAUGAGAAGAACGAAGAAUUGGAGGAUCAAGAUAUAUGUGAAAUAGAAGCUUGUGGAAUACCAGAUGAUGUCGUCGUUGAUUUAAAAGCAAAAUUUCUAAUAACACUUAUUGAAUUAGAUCAAAUGAAACAAGCUGAAACACUUUUACCGAAAUUUUAUUUAUAUGAAAAUCCAGAAAUUUCUGGAGAUUUAUUCUUAGACAUAGCAGAAGCCUUAAUGGGGAAGAAGGAAUUUGAACGUGCUUUAAUGUUAUUAGAUCCUUUAGUGAAUAGUAACAAUUAUAGUUUAGCUGCGGUGUGGUUGCGACACGCAGAGUGUUGGGUUGGCUGUAAAGAUUUAAAGAAAGCAAUAAAGUCUUAUGAAAAUGUUAGAAAAUUAUCACCCCAGCAUUUAGGCGCGAGAACAGCUCUAGCUAAGCUAUAUCAAUUAAAGGGUCAAUAUAACAAAGCAAUAGAAAUUCUUCAUCAAGAUCCUGAAUCAGACACUUUAGAUCCAGAAGUGAUUUACCAAAGAACAUUGCUUCUUUUUAAAGUAAAAAGAUACGACGAGUAUUUUCAGUCUGGUAUGCUACUUUUCUCCAGACAUUGUGCACAUAUAAGAAACAAAGUUGAAUUGAAUGCAUUAACCAGAGCGUGUGUAUUACGACAGCGUUUAGAAACGUUACAGCUUCACCGAUUCUCACGCGGAGAAAAAUUUGAAGAGGAGAAUGCACCAAUAUUUUUAAAUAGUUCAGAACUAAGCGAGAAGAAAGAAUUCCUUUUAUUUAUACAAAUGUGUAAAUUAGCUUGUAAAUUAAAGAGAUAUGGUUUAUUGCAACGAAUUUGUUUUAGUGCUUUAACAUCAAAAAAAUUUGAGAAAAGGAAUUUUCAUAUUAUGUUUUUAUGUUUGCUUUCUUGUAUAUACAAUAAUGACUCAUAUCACGGGUAUAACAUUGUACGAUCAUUAAUACGGGUAUGCGAAAGACCAAGUUGUUGGAAUUUAUUAAAUAUCAUUGUUCAAAAGGCAGAAGAUUCAAGACACAAUAGAUUCAUAAUGCGUCUUCUUGGAAGAGAAGAUGUGUUUUCUUAUUUGAAUAUAAUGCAUGCAAAUAAUUGUCUUAUUUCUGGAACAUAUAAGUAUGCUCUCAAUGAUUAUAUUUCUCUCUUUAAAGUAAUGCCUAGUGCUUUAUUAGCAUUACUUAUUGGUGUAACUUUAUUACAAAUGUCAUGUCAAAAAUUAUCUGCUAAGAAGAAUCAACUUGUGAUUCAAGCUAUAGCCUUCCUGAAGAAGUAUUCUCAGUUGCGGGGCAAAAAUGGGGAACAAGAAACUUACUACAACAUGGGUCGUGCAUUUCAUCAAAUUGGUUUAUUACCUGCAGCUGUACACUUUUAUAAAUUAGUUCUUACUAAAGAUCCUGGAGACUUAAUUGAAAAAAAUUCAUGUUUCUUAGACUUAAAAAAAGAAGCUGCUUUUAAUUUACAUCUAAUUUAUUUACAAUCUGAAAAUUAUUUAUUAGCCAGAAUGUACCUUGAUAAUUAUAUUACAGUCUAGUAUAAGAUUUUGUACUAUCUAAUUUAUAAGUUCCUUUUCAUAAAAUAUAAAUGUACAAUAAGCAUGGAAAGCUUAAAUGUAACUUGAAUUACAGUAUUGUAAAUAAACAUGUACACAU